AUGGAUGUUUACGGUGGACUAUCUGUAGAUGAUCUGUUAGACUUACCUAGCGACGAUUUCUUCUCUCCAUCUUCCUCCACUGCCGCCGCCGGCGGCGGAGGCGGCGCCACCGUCUCAGACUACCUGCUGCAGAAUCCGUCAUCAUCCGCCGGCAAUUGCUUCGAACAGUCACCCACUCCUAGCUUCUCUAACGAUUUCAACGACAUUUUGUGCUUACCGCCGACGGAGGAUGCGGCAGAUCUGGAAUGGCUCUCGAGCUACAUGGACGACUCGUACUCCGAUUUCCCUGCGGACGAGCUCCCCGCCGCCGCCGAAGGACUCCACUGGCGGCCUCGGAGCAAGCGCUCCCGUCCUUUCGCCUCGGCCUCCGCCGCGGUCGGAAAUCCGAUGUCGAUCUGCGGCGGCGUCGUGAGGAGGGAAGGGAAUAUCACGGGGGCGGAGGGUGGUGGGGAAGUGGCGCGGAGAUGCACGCACUGCGCGUCGGAGAAGACGCCUCAGUGGAGGACAGGGCCGCUGGGCCCGAAGACGCUGUGCAACGCAUGCGGGGUGAGGUUCAAGUCGGGCCGGCUGGUGCCGGAGUACAGGCCCGCGGCUAGCCCGACGUUCGUGCUGACUCAGCACUCCAACUCUCAUCGGAAGGUUCUCGAGCUGCGGCGGCAGAAGGAGAUGCUCCGCCAGCAGCAGCAGCAGGAUGCGGCGGCGGCGGCUUACGGCUUUCGGGUGUGCUGA